CAUUGUGUCAAGUGAAUCGAUAGAAAGGUGAUUGUAUCGAUAAUUUGACAUUUAAAAAGAAUCUAAAGGUCUUUUUUUUAGAUGAAAAUCCAUCUAACUCGACUCUUUUUUCCCCCUCGUGAAAAUUUGGUCACUAAUUAGUGAAUUCUUUUCAUAUUUUUCUGGUUUUAAAUUAUUUGAGAGGUUAAGUUUCGUUCUUUAGAUUCAUUAUAACUCACACAUUUACAAUAAUUUUUUCGUUCGUGACUUGCGUAUUGAUAGUACCGUUUUUACGAAGAAUCGGAUUUAAUAAUAGAAUUUGAAGAUUAUUAGGAUUAUCGUACGAUAAUUUAGUGUCUGAUUAUUAGAAAAUUAUGGAUUCGGAUCAUUUGAAUUCUUCGAUGUCGGGCACAAGGAACAUGUCCAAUGGAUACAAAAUCGAAGAAGCAGAGGAAAUUGAAAUUCCAGUGCCUUGGGGUCACAUAAGCGGUAAACGAUGGGGACCAGAGAAGGUGCAGCCGAUAGUGAUGAUUCAUGGUUGGCAGGAUAAUUCAGGAUCUUUUGAUCCGCUGAUUCAAUUACUGCCAAAAGGGACUUCGGUCCUCAGUAUUGAUCUUCCAGGCCACGGCCUCUCUUCUCAUCUUCCGGAUGGCCAAUUUUACUAUAUUAUGUGGGACGGGGUUUUAUAUCUACGAAAGUGGUGGGGGUCAAAAGAGAUUCAACCGAUAGUGGCAUUGCAUGGUCGUCAAGAUAAUGCAGGCAGCUUCGAUAAAUUGAUACCACAAUUGCCUAAAAGUGUGUCUGUAUUGUGCUUGGAUUUACCUGGUCAUGGAUUGUCCUCCCAUUAUACAAAAGGCCAAUUUUAUUAUGUUCACUGGGAUGGUAUCAUCUUGCUUCGUAGAAUCGUUCAAUUCUAUAAAUGGAAUAAGGUGAAACUUCUGGGACAUUCCUUAGGCGGAGCGAUAUCUUUUCUUUACGCCGCCUCAUACCCGGACGAAGUCGAUUUCGUAAUAAGUCUCGAUAUCGCCAGCCCAAGUGUGAGGGACGUAACGAAAUCGGUUGAAAUAACUGGAACCUUCAUCGAUAGGUUUUUGAAAUAUGAAAAUUUGACCCUUGAUAGUGUACCCUGCUACGAAUACAAGGAAAUGAUUGACAUCGUCGAGGACGCCUACAAUGGGGACAUAACCAGAGAAAGUGCGGAAAUUUUAAUGAAAAGGGGGAUGCAAAAAGCCCCAGUCUUGAAUCAUUAUUACUUCCGUCGAGAUCCAAGAUUAAAGGUUUCGCUCCUGGGGAUGCUUUCCAUGGACCUGGUGAUGGCCUUCGCCGGAAGAAUUAAAUGCGCCUACCUAAACAUUCGUGCCGUGCCAGGCAUGAAAUUCGAGCAACCCGAAUCUUACCAGAAAGUUUUGGAGAAAAUCAGGCAGACCGCGAGCAAAUUUGAUUACCGGGAAGUCGCGGGAAGUCACCACGUCCACCUGAACAACCCGGAGAUAAUCGCCCCCAUAAUCAUCGAAUUUCUAGGACUUUAAAUUUCUAGGGAAUCUAGAAAGCUGCAUUUCUACCCGAAAAGACAUUUUCUAAUUUCAAGGGCCUUACAUGAAUUGAAGACAUAAUUAAAUUAUUCAUGAAAAAUAGGCUUAAGUAUUUAAUAUUUAUUUACAACUAAUGUGAUUUUGCGCAUUUGAAAAAAAAAAAUAUAGAUCUUGGCGAUGGGUAGAAUAGUUAAAUUUAAUUAAUCCUCUGUGAGGAUUUUCAUUGAUAGUAUUUAUAGAGAAUUGAUUGGUGUUGAAGUGAAUAAAUCUCAACUUCAAAUUUGAAUCUAAAA